GGCGGACGGAGCGUUCUGUUGGCCGCCGCACAAGCCGUGCGCUCUCCCCCGCCGCCCGCUCGGGCUGCGCCGCGUUAAUGUCACAGAACCGGCGACAUGAGGACCUCAUACCUCCGGACAACUGGGGGCCCGUGUUGGAAGGAGAUCUAAGAUGAAGUUAUGGGAUGUUGUGGCUGUCUGCGUGGUGCUGCUCAACACGGUCUCCACCUUGCCCCUGCCCACUGGUAAGGCGCCUCCCAAGGAGCCCCCUUCAGUGGUAGAGGGGCCUGAAGACGAUCUCUCCCCCAUGAGCCUGCUGCCUCCCUAUGCUGUGCACAGUGACUCUAAUAUGCCAGAGGAUUAUCCAGAUCAGUUCGAUGAGGUAGUGGACUUUAUUCAAGCCACCAUUAAAAGACUGAGGAGAUCACCGGAUAAGCAGACUCCGAUUUUUUCUAGGCGAGAGAGAAACCGGCAAAAUACCGCCACAAAUGUAGAGAAUUCCAACAAAAAGGGGAGGAGGAAUCAAAAGGGAAAAAAUCGAGGGUGUGUCUUAACAGAAAUACAUUUAAAUGUGACCGACUUGGAUCUGGGAUACGAAACCAAAGAAGAGCUAAUUUUCCGGUAUUGCAGCGGAUCUUGUGAUGCAGCUGAGACCACCUACGACAAAAUUUUGAAAAAUUUAACAAGAAAGAAGAAACUUGUCACUGACAAAGUGAGGCAAGCUUGUUGCAGGCCCACAGCCUAUGAUGAUGACCUGUCCUUUUUGGACGAUAACCUGGUUUACCACAUACUGAAAAAACAUUCCGCAAAAAGGUGUGGAUGCGUCUGAUGGCUGCAUGCCAGCAGCAGUGCCAGUUUUGCAUUCCUGCUACAACACUGAGAGAGGGACCAAGGUUCCCAGGGAAGCAUCUGCUCAGAGUGGACAAAAGAGGACCAAGAAUGCAGAACUAGGGGUCAUUAAAAGCUUGGGGAUAUGUCAGGCGUUAUUGGAGGAUGGUGGCUUUUGAUGUCCUACAGAAAAAUAAAUAAAAGCUCAGGUGGAGAUGCCAAUGGCUGGAUGGCGUGCACACUUCCUUUCUCAUUUGACACAGUCCACCAUCAGAGACUCAGAUCCAUGAGGAAUGUGCUUAAAAACACAACUCUGCCACACCACUCUGUGUUGCAGUUACAUUGUCCAUGCCAGGAAGCUUAGCUGAGAAGUAGCUUAGGAAUACCUUACCCAUUCCCCCUCUGCCCUCAGCUUUACUGAAGCACAUUGUGCUACUGCUCAUUGAAGGUAGUUCCUAAGCCCUUAGGGCAACUUCUAAGCUAUGAUAAGGUUAACCCCUUCAGUAAGGUUAUUUCAGACAAAUACUAAAAUUCUCAGGCUCAAGUUCUCUAGGGCCAAUGUAAAUUUGAAGCAAAACAAUUUCACUUACUGAUUAAGUUUGGUUAUUUCCAUCUCAUGUUUCUUUGAAAUAAGUGUAAGAUAUUAUUCUCCUGCUACCUGUGAAAACAAGUUGAGUUUUUAAGCACUUCUUCCUAAUACAGUAAGAGAAAUUACAAACUCAGACUACACAAAAUGUGUUUCUUUAGGUUUACAAAGGACUAACAUCACUUGCGUAACUACAUUUCUAUUUGGUCAUUGUGAGUGAGCAGAGACUACUUGAUGCAAUGCAUCCAUUCAGAGACAUAAAUAUACAGAGGAUAUUUAUUGAGAUUAAGUUAUUGUUAUUUAUUACAGUUCAGUAAUGAGUCUUCUUACCUUAUUUAUUAAAGUUUCUUUUCAAAGGUGCCAAAGUAGAAGGUGCUUGGAAGAUACAGACAGAAUGAAGUUGGGAACAACGGUCCAUGGUUUUGAUUGAAAAUGUUAACUUCAAUGCAAAA